AGGCUUUAUGACUAUAAUUACGGGUGCCCAUUUUAGUUAGUUUGCGUGAAGAACAAGAAGAAAGACCAAAGGUUUCUGUUUGUAAGCAAAAAAUGGAGGCUCUUCUUAGGCUCUCUGCAACAUUGCUCUUGGUUUUGACAGCUUUAUUAGUGGGCUUAGAUAGUCAAACAAGGCUCAUCUUCUUCGUUCAGAAAAAAGCUUCAUUCACUGUACUGAAUGCUCUCGAAGGCUUGGUGUAUGCCACCUCAAUCGCUGCAGCUUAUAACUUUCUACAGCUUUGCAGAUAUACAUUCCCAUAUUGGUUUGAAGGAAACUCCAAGAAAUCUUAUAGAUACCUAGCUUGGCUAUGUUACAUCUUGGAUCAGGUAACAGUGUAUGUUGUGUUUGCUACAACCUCAGCUGCAUUGGAGCAGUCGCUUCUGGCUAUAACAGGAGCAAAGAGCGUGCAGUGGAUGAAAUUAUGCAACAAGUUCACCAGAUUCUGCUUCCAAAUUGGUGGAGCCAUAUGUUGCGCCUACAUAGCUUCGAUCAUAUUGAUUUUGGUCGCUUCCAUCUCUGCCUUCAACUUGUUUAGGCUUUACUCUCCUAAAAAGUUUCUUCUCGUGAAAGGGUCAUGAAAAAGUGAUCUGUUGCUCCUUAUUAGAUGCCCAUGUAUGAUAUUUUCCUCAACAAAUAACAUGCGUAGGAUUUG